UUUUUUUCUGUUCCCCCUGCACCUGCUUUUCCUGCUGCUGAUCCUCCUCCUUAGAAGAGGAUCAUGGGCAGGAGGAUGGGGAGCCCUCGAGCGGUGCCAGAGUCCUAUCGAUCGCCGCCGCCGAUCAUCAGGGGCAGCUCGCUUCAGCAGAAGGCGAAUAUAGAACACACAAGCAUAUGAAAGGGAUCAGGAGGCCCUCACGGAUGACUAAAAGAAAAACUCCGCGGGGCGUAGAAGCCUGCGGCGCCAGAGAAAGCAACCUGUGCUCACCGGUGCCGAAGGCAGAUCGGACAGCCUUCUGCGCAGCCCUGCCUAAAUUAUCAGAGCCCGACCCGGCGAGACCGCCCGACGCACCCGAGGAGGAGUGAAAGGCGAUGCCCGAACCCGCGGGGGGCUCCAUCGCAUGGCCCGAGCUCUCCAGCAGGCCGCCGAUGGCAUCGUGCAGAUGGCCACUGGCAGCCGCAAACCUUUCGUGCGCAGCUCCCGCCGCCCCGCCGAGCACGCCCCCGGGCCGCGCCGUGAGGUCGCCGAGGGGGCCGGGGGCGCUCCGUCGCGCCCGGGGGGCUCCACUCGCCACGUCCGCCGAGGGGCUGCCGUCGCUGCGUGGCGUCUCGGCAGCGGUGUCUUGUCUGGUGCUGACUGCGAGGCGCCCUGCUUCCUUGGAGCAGGGACCGACCGUCCCGGCGAGACAGGACGCUUCGCCACUGCUUGAUUCCUGGGAUCUCGCGUUGGCGCCGACCGGUCGUCCCGGCCGCACCAGGGUAAAAUCGCCCGCCUGCGUUCCCAAUAAGCCGUGGGCGCCUCCUGUCAGAUCACGAACACCAGUCCGGUCGGCGUCACUGCCUCUUCGCAAGUUGCGAAAUGUCGCUGACGCGCUCGGCGUACCAUCCCCGUCACUCUGCGGACGUGAGGUCCAAUAUCGAACUCUGCCCUUAUCCGCCACUGUGCCCUGAGGCAAGAGUUGUAGUGCCCUCAGGGCCUCAGGUCGCUUGAAGUUCUCCGUGCUGAAACUGAAAAUCUUACGAUAGGGGCCAAUGGCCCAAAUUUUCAAAUCUACUGGACCAAACCCACUGCGGGGUCGCCAUCCGCAGCGUCGAGCUGAAGCGCUGCGAGGACCAAGGCGUUCGUGCCGCUGCAACUGCUCAAAUCGUCAGAACAAACAUCCGACGCAGCGGUCAAACGCGCAGUUGUCGCCAAUACGCCCAGCCGCCUAAUGACAGACAUCGGGUCGCGGGGACGGCGAGGAUUCGCUUUUGCAAACGCGGAUGCGCCCCUGGCUCUGAAAUGCCUGUGUGAGAACGUGUG